AUGUCUCAGCUCCAUGACGAGUUUCUCCAGGUACCCAUCAUCUGUUCGGAGAGUCCAGUGAUGAUACAGUUCGUGUCCAACCCCGGCGUGGGCAGCAGCAGCGACGCGCUGUCGGCGUCGCUCAGCGCCUGCCCUUCGGGGAGGUCGGCUUCAGAGGUGGAGAUCGAAGUGCUCUUCCAUGACGCCGACGGCUACGUCUACGACGAUGGCUUCUGCACGACGUUGCCAGCGUCGGCGUUCCUCGGCUGCGACGGCGACAGCGAAGACGUGGAGGCGGGCGGGGCGACGACGGGGCUGCUUCGCGGGCCGUCGCCGGGGAUGGAGUUCGUGGAGCGCGACGGCAAGGGGGAGCUCAAGUGGAGCGAGAUGGAGGGAAGGUUUGGUCGCUCGUCCUCGGCGCAUGGGGACACUGCUGGUGAGCUAGCUCCUUCCACUUUGGCCAUCAGGGUUACCAGACUGUCAAUACAUAAAUUUGUGUUCUGUUAUAGUGAAAAUUUAAAAGAAUCUGUUCUGUUUUGGUCGUGUGGAAGACAAAUAUCACUAUAUAUGACUAAUAUUGGAAAAGGCGAAGCAACCAACUAG